AUGGCUUCUACAUUUAUGCAGCAAUUUGCAAUAAAGAAGAACAUUUUAAAGAGGUCAACCAAGAAGUACUUAGAAGAAGCGCUUUACAAGAAGCUCUUUAAGGAAGGAGGAGAAGAGCAAAGGGUCGCCGAACAGCUGAAUCAAUUCUUGAAAUCUCGCAAAAGUGCUUACAAAUGGGAAGUUGGUCAAUCCCUCAAGGUACUUCGCAGCCGCAAGCUCUACCGGCCGGCCAUCAAGCUGUCAGAGACCAUGACGAGAAGGGGUGUGAACAAGACAAUAAGUGAUGAAGCGAUACAUCUAGAUCUUGUUGCAAAGAGUAGGGGAAUUGCUGCUGCAGAAACUUACUUUAUCAAUCUGCCUGAAUCCUCAAAAAACCAUCUCACCUAUUGUGCUCUUCUUAACUGUUACUGCAAGGAUUUAAUGACUGAAAAAGCCGAAACUUUGAUGGAAAAGAUGAAGGAACUUAAUUUAGAGCUAAGUUCCAUGCCCUAUAACAGCCUCAUGACUCUCUACACAAAAACUGGGCAGGCAGAAAAGGUUCCUGCGAUCAUCCAAGAAAUGAAGUCAUGUGAUAUCAUGCCAGAUUGCUACACCUAUAAUGUCUGGAUGAGGGCUCUUGCUGCUAUGAACGAAAUAUCUGGGGUUGAGAGAGUUAUUGAUGAAAUGAAGAGGGAUGGCCGAGUUGCUGGAGAUUGGACAACAUAUAGCAAUUUGGCGUCUAUUUAUGCUGAUGCCAGAUUAUUUGAUAAAGCUGAGAAGGCACUUAAGGAACUGGAGAAGCUAAAUACUGUACGAGAACUUUCCGCUUACCAGUUCCUGAUCACAUUAUAUGGACGUACUGGUAAUCUGCUUGAAGUAUACCGUAUCUGGCGUUCAUUGAGGCUUUCGAUUUCUAAAACCCCAAAUAUAAGCUAUCUAAACAUGAUACAGGUGUUGGUUAAGUUGAAUGAUUUACCAGGUGCGGAGAAAUGUUACAGGGAGUGGGCAUCUGGUUGCUCAACUUAUGAUAUUCGAAUUGCAAAUGCCCUAAUAGGAGCUUAUCUUAAAGAAGGCUCAUUGGAGAAGGCUGAGGCACUCAAGGCACGGGCAAAGAGGAGAGGAGCCAAGCCCAAUGCUAAAACUUGGGAGCUAUAUCUGGACUAUUAUCUGAAGAAUAGAGAGAUUAAAUCAGCAGUAGAUUGUUUCGAAAAUGCAAUUUCAGCUGGCAGGGGAGAUGGUGGUAAAUGGACCCUGUCACCUACCCUUAUUGGGGAGAUGAUGCGAUAUUUUGAGCAAAACAAGGAUGUUGAGGGUGCUGAACGUUUUCUGGAGGUUCUGAAGAAGUCAAAAGACAAUUUGGGAUCAGACGUACUUGAAUCAUUGAUAAAAAUCUAUGCAGCUGCUGGAAAAACAAGUCCCAUCAUGCGUCGCUGGAUUAAGAUGGAGAAUGCAGAAUUGAGCGAGGAAGGUAAAAAAUUACUGGAUGUCGUCUGUAAGGGAUGA